AAUAUUUUAAUGAAUUAAAGUAGAUAUGGUGUUGGAAAUAGAUCAAGUGCAUCUUAGAGUUAAAUCUAAUAAAAGCCUGUAAAAGGAUUAUGGGGAAAGUUAAUAAGAUUUUUCUAAACAGGAUUUUUGAAUCCAAGAUAUCUGUAUAGAUAAUCAAGAAGAUUAUUAUGGGUUGGAACAACAGGUAUAAAAUAAUAAUAAUAAAAAUGAAAAGGAUUAAUAUUUUUAUUAGCUCCAUUUGCAUUUUCUCAUUUUUUGGAAGUGAGCGAGGAAUUGUCAUAGAUAUCAAGAAUGGGUGCAUAAGAAAGUAAUAAAAUAAAAAACUAAAUUAGUGAGCAAAAUAUGAUGAAUGAUUAUUAUAUAAUAUAAGUUCAGGGAAUAA